CCUUGGCGUAGGAGGUUGGAAAGGACGACGUGUUUUAAUCAUGCCGGUCUACUUUCAGCGACCGGAAAAUGCUCUUAAAAGAGCGAACGGUAAGAAAUAUCGAUCGUACAUUCACCAUCAGUUUCCAUAGUUUAUCUUAAACCUGUUUUAAAGGCUUUUAAAGUAGCUAAAGGGAAAUAUUGUACAGUAUUAUAAUCCUUUGUGCGGCCGAUUUCACCAGCUCACAGGUUUGGUAAAUUUUGUUCGAUUCAUUUUAUAACAUCACCGCUGAAACCAUGGGCAUAAUCGUUAUGAAUUAUACACGUGGUUGAUUUAUUAACGACUCAUUUUUUUUUAUUCGUACGUGUUUCUUUGCCGUCCUUUAAGAGUUCUCGCUUUCAAAUCGAAUUUAUACGUGUACUUCAGUGAAUGUAAUAUUAACCACGUGAUUUUGCUGGUACCACUAAAACCGUAUUAAAACGUAUUAUUUAAAGUAUAUCUAAGGUCGUACGUUUGUUAUUAUUAUCUUCAUAUAUAUCAUACAGAUAAUUGAAAAAAGCCGCCCUCUACGUACCCAUAAGACGAAAAUCGCCAUAGGUGUUAAAUUUAUAAUAACAAUCUAAAUUUCACUUGGCUGUCUGGAGUGACCUCUCCCUCGGCGCUUUGACCAAAGAUUACCAACCUUUUAUCACAUUUAAACCUAUGUAAACCUUGGAAUUGCUUUUCCAAAAGGUUUUGUAGGAAGCAGGUGGUUCAUUUACUUUUAGUAUUGAAUUUUCUGAACGAGAAAAAGCUCUUGGCAUCUUAUCAUGUACAGGGCUGAAUGCUGAUUGGUUGAGAAAGAGGAUUUUUUUUUAAUUAUUCGGGUACAAUUACUUGCUCUUGACCAGCUGUGUUUAUUGCCUGCUUGAAAAGGGUGAAAAAUAUGUUCAGAAAUGCAUUUAUUCUGACUUUGACAUUAAUAUGGUAACAGUGCAUAUCAUUACAACAUAAGAGUACUGUGGUCAUUCCAAAAAGUAAUUUUGAUGAAAUACGUAAUUGCAGCAUGCAACAUUUUGAUUGCAAGAUACAACACAAUCCUCAAACAGUCAUAUAGUCCAUAAAUCUCUAUAAUUAUCCUACCUAAUUAUCCUACCAAUGCUUAAAUGCUUUUUUUCAAAAUCCCACAUAUCCAGAGUUUAUUGAAGUUGGAAAGAAAGAACCAGCUUUGGAUGCAUUGUAUGAUGUCAUUAAAAGCAAGAAGCAUCGCACGUGGCAGAACAAGAUUCACGAGCCUAUUCUUUUCAAGUACUUGGAGUUGUGUGUCGAUCUCAAGCGAAGUCAUGUAGCUAAAGAAGGGCUGUACCAGUACAAACUAAUUUGCCAGCAAGUUAAUAUUGCAUCUCUUGAAGAUGUCAUUCGCUACUUUCUCAAGCUUGCUGAAGACCGCGCCGAGACUGCUAGACAGGAGUCUCGUGAGCAGGUUCCUACAGUGGAUGAUUUGGAUCAGCUGCAGACACCAGAGAGGUAUCAAACUUCAAGAUGCAAAUUUACAUACCUUAUUUUGGCCUUAGACUUUGACAUCUUGGUAAGGAUGUUUUUAUUGGGAAAAUAAGUUUCUGAAGAAACUGUAGUGUUGCAUUAGUGGGAGAUAUUAUGAGAUAAUGUGGUGGUAUCAGUUGAGUUCUUGGUGUGAAUCUGCCACCAUAAAGGGAUUCUAAAGCUGACACUUUUUGUGCGACCUUUGUCAAAGUGAAUCCAAUUUAUUCUUCAUUCUAACAAAGGGCUAAUGGUCAAAAUAGCACCUUAAGAAACUCCUUACAGUGGCCAUUUUAAAUUACAAACUCAGUUUAUAAAACCAAAUUGUUGUAUUUUAAUUAGGGUUGUCUCUUAAUGUGGUUUGAUAUUAGAUAUCAUUUAUUAGUGAUCUUUUUAACAAGUGGACCUGAAUUUUCCAGUGACUAUUUGUCGAGUCAUACAUGUGCAUUUCUUGAUGAUUGAGUACAAGACUUGCAGGAAGUGCUGUGUUACAUGUUUAUCCAGAUAUACUUCUAAGGAUUGAAGAUGGCUUAUGUAUUUACUUAAAUUUGUCAUGGUCUAGAUUUAUCCUUGACCUCCAUCAUGUCCUGCUUUGUUGAAUACAUUGUUGGAUGUUUUUCUGCCUGUUUGAAAUAUAAAGAAUUCACAUUUUAACCAUGGAUAUGAACUCAACCACAACAUGUGUAUUUACUAUGUAAGAGGUCAAAAUGGUAAAAAUUAUGGUCAUCAUUUUCACCAAUAUUGUGAUGUGAAUGCAAGUCAUUUGUACCUACAUGUAUAACCCAAUUACUAGCCCUGAGUGUUUGAAUUAUUUAAGUUUACUCAACACGUGUUGUCCACUUUGUUUUUAAGCAUACUGCUAAGUUUUGUCAGUGGUGAAGACACCCAGGAUCGUACAGACAGAGUUAUGUUGACACCCUGGGUCAAAUUUUUGUGGGAGGCUUAUCGUAAUGUGUUAGAAUUGCUACGAAAUAACGCACGAGUGGAGAAGUUAUAUCAUGACACUGCUCAACAAGGUGAGAAGGAGCUAAAGAAUUGCAGCAGUACCUGGUUUUGAGGUCAUUAUUUCUUGUAAAUGAUUAUUUCAUGUUUAAUUUUAUCUCUCAUAUUUUAUCUUCCUUUAGCAUUUAAAUUCUGCUUGAAGUACUCCCGGCGCACAGAAUUUCGGAAGCUUUGUGACAAUGUAGGUGCAGUUAUAUUUUGUUUUUCCUCUGUGUAUAUCUUUGUUGUACAAGGUCAAACAGAAGCACUUAAAUGAAGAUGAUGUUUGAUAAAUGUGGCUUGAAAAGAGGGCAAAGGAUGAGAGAGUUGCAUUGCUAUUAUAAGAAGUUUGUUGUGCAUGUUUCAACAGUCAACUAAAUGUUCAUACAUCAUGUGGAGUUAAACUUUGUCAUGUGUAUCAUACUUUAAUGAAAAAUUAGAUCAUUAGUUAUAUUAAGGUGUGAACUAAAGUGGAUGGAGACUUUGUCAUUACACACAUCUUUUCCAUUGUGUUAGUUAAAUUUCACACAGCUUUUUACCAAAAAAUAACACUAUACUCCUAAGCAGGGAUUUUUCUUUUCUUUCUUUGUACACAGCUGAGGAAUCACUUGAAUAAUGCCAUCAAGCACCAAGGGCAACCAAACACAGUGAACCUCACCAACCCUGAGACUCUGCAACUUCAUCUAGAGACGCGACUGGCACAAUUAGAAAGUGCCAUCAACAUGGAGCUUUGGCAGGUUUGUUAGCUCUUAAUGAUCAUUACAAAAGGAUAUCAGCAUCUUUUGGUCUCUACAACAAACAGAUUUUUACUGUCAUUGCUUCUUUUCAAUAAUAGGUCAUUGUGAAUGUCAAAAUGUGUUAAGAACAUUUGCAAAUUUUUAUUUUGAAAAAUGUUCAUCUAUUGAUAAACCUCAGGAAAAGAUUAUGAACUCCACUGAGUUAUGUUAAUUUGGAAUUAAGACUUUCCUCUCUCUGGUUCUGUUCUCAACCUGCAGGAGGCAUUCAAAGCAGUUGAAGAUGUUUAUGGACUCAUGCAGCUGUCCAAGAGGCCUCCAAAGCCUCAAGUGAUGGCCAAUUAUUAUCAGAAAGUUGCUCUUGUCUUCUGGAAAGCCGAGAAUUACUUAUUUCAUGCAUGCACUCUGCAUCGGCUAUAUGUGUUGUCAAAGGAACAGAAACGUACAAUGACAACAGAGGAACAGCAGAAGUAAGUAAAUCUUUAGAAUGUUUUUUUGUUUGUACAGAGAAUCUCACUUUUCCAACCUGCUGGGGAGAAGGUCUCAGUGCUAAACAUUGAGGGGAAAAAUUACAGUGUUACAGAUUGGGAUAGGAAAGUAAGUUUUGGUCAUUGAAGAAUCAGAGGAUUUUGGAAAUCAGAUCUUAAAGUAAUAUUAUUUCCUUUCAACAUGUAAGGGUGGUGUGCUAGUCAUUUGUUGCUUAUUUUUAGCACAAUUCAACCUCCCCAUUUUCAUUUAGGGGGCUACCUCUCUCAGUAUCGCAUGUAUAUCUAGUUGGUUUGUCUGUGAAUACCAAGAUUUCAGUUCAGCAUCUCUUCUUACUGGUAAAAUGAUACUCAUAAAAUGGGAAAAAAGGGAUGGCAAAAGGUGGGAAAAAGCAAAAAGCUCAUUAAAUGCCUAACAGCAUAUACAUUUAGCUCCAAGAUUUGUGGAAUACUGGCACAUGUUGGCCUGAAAGGAAACACCAGUGCUCCAUGUUCAUUCUGGUUGAGUGUACUUGAGAUCACAUGAAAUCAAAUUUUUGGUGCCCCUCAUUGUGCUAUAUACAGUUUUAUAGACACUAAGAAGAGUUUUAUUGAAACUAAACUGAUAGUGUUUUUCCUUUUCCUUGUCAGAAUGGCAACUAGAGUUGUUCUAGCAACCCUAGCCAUUCCAAUCCCUGUGUCCCUCAGUGAAACAGAAAGACAUCUGGAGUUAGAUGAGAUUGCACGGGAAAAGUCUCGUCGUUUAGCCAGCCUUCUUGGGCUGCAGACCAUCCCCACCAGAGCAACACUUAUAAAUGACAUGGUAGGUUCAUAGGGAUCAUUACAUUUUAACAACUUUAAAAAUGGCAUUUUAAAAUUAUGCCACAAGGUUCUCAUGCAGUCCUGGAUUCAUGAAAGACCCUUGAAGUUACAUUCUAAGUGUCAAAGACUUCAACAAAAAUGUGUGGAGAUAGAUUGAAGUUUGCAAACAUGGAAAUCCAUCCAGAGAUUUUUCUAUUUUACAUCAAGCAUUGAUUAGGAGGGAGAGUGUUUCCCAACAAAUAGGAUUUUAUGAACAAUCUUGCCUUAAAUUUUGAAUCCCAAGUUAAUUUCCUCCUCUAACUGCUACACAUCUCCUCUAAAAUUAGUUAAGAGAAUUUGCUGUUAGAUCAAGAAAAAACUUUGUCCCAAUAAAUUUGAGUAUUCUCAUUCUCUAUUUGCAGAAUAAGGUAAAGAUAUAAUAAGCAGAAGUAACAUGUUAAUCACUUCUGGAAGGUACAGGGUUUCAGGGUACAUUCAUUAAUUUUUUUUUCCUUGAUUACUCUAGUUGAAGUUGAAUGUCCACCAGCACAUAAUGCCACAGUUGCAAGAUCUGUUCCAGAACCUUGAGAAGGACUUCUCUCCUCUUCAGUUUUGUUCCAGGGUCAAUGAAUUCUUUGAAUUCUUACAGGAGAAUGAAGAAUUAGAACUAAAUCAGUACAUUAAACCCUUGCAGUAUGUUGCCAUUGUGCGGCUGCUUAAACAGGUAUUGUAGCUGUAAAUGUGUUUAUACAUGUACUAACUCAUAAAAAUUCAAACAAUCAGGCUUUCCAAAUGUGAGAAAGAGUUCAAGGUCAGUCCAAGUUUUGUUGCUCAGAUUUUAAGCCCCAGCCUGAAGUGCAUGGGCCAUAAAUCUUAGUGGAAAAAAAAGAUGUCUUUUUGUAUUUUACAACACAGAGUGAGAUAAUGACAUUUCAGAGAAAUUUUUUUAUAUCUCUAGGUUUAAAUAGAGGAGGAAGAUUUCAAUCCAAACAAACUUUUGAAUUUAGCAGGCAGUGUGAAACAAGGCUCACUAAACUGACCAAUUGUAGUGCAUGUAUGAACUGAGAGAUGUUAUAAUAAGAACAACAAGUCACUCAGUAGAACUUGUACUUUUGUUGUAGGUGUCACAGGUGUACCAAACCAUUGAGUUCUCAAGACUGUUAUCCUUGGUGCCAUUUGCCACAGAAUUUCAGUUGGAAAGAGCAAUUGUGGAUGUUGCUUUACAGAAUGAACUUCAGGUAUGCUUUAGUGAAACAUUUCUGUUGAUACAAAACUCUGAUCAAUGAACUGAUUUAUGGGGAAAACACACAGAGGAGAUACAGGGUACUUAACUAAUCAAUGGUGAUUCUUCCUGACUUAAAUGUUUGGGAUGAGUUGUCUGGAGAUUUAUUAGGGAUCCUUUAAACAUUAAUUUUUGAGGUGAGAAAUGUCUUUUUGUAUACAGACAAACAUGUAGACUUGUUGUUACUCAUGAUGCAGUCAUUGGAAAUAACCAAAUCUGUUGAAUGUUUCUAAGCAAAAGUGCAACAAAAUGAAACAAAACAUUGCACAAACACUUUGUUUUGUUUGCAGGUGCGUAUUGAUCACAGAACUAAAGCCGUCAGCUUUGGACUUGACUUGCAUGUGGCUCACAAAGAGGAGGUGCCAGAAGGGCCAUAUCUCCAGGUAUAUAAUUUUCUGCAUUUUUCUUGGUUAAAUGCAGUUGUCUCUUGAGUGUUAAUAAUAAUCCAGCCUUGUACUGUUUUACUUCACAAUGGUGUUGAUUGGUCUAGAAAACUUUUCUCACUUUUCUGUUACCUAUUGUUUCAAAACUAAAACUUGUCAUGACUUGGUGACCCAUGUUUAGCUGUUCUAUGCACUGUUAACAUAUUUUCACAUUAUUUAACAUUCGCUCUUUGUGAUAACAUUUUAUUUGUUGCUGUUGUGAUUCACUUUUGGUUUGGUUUUACAACACUCAAGUGCAAUUAUUAUGACUAUUAGUGUUAUCAUUAUUAUUGUCUUAGUCAACUACACUGUACUUUUCUUUUUGCUUUCACAGUCCAUGCCAUCUGAGAGACUCAGAAACCAAUUGACACUGAUGUCAACAGCUUUGCACAAGUCCAUUAAUAAAAUUCAGCCUGAAAUCAUUAAGGUAAAAUAUUUUAAAUGUUCUUGUACAUAAGUCAGGCAAACAUCUGUUGACAAAAUUCAACAAAAUUCAACAAAAUUCCUUUUGCACAAUACUGUCAGUAUUUUGAAAAAUAAACAAGUUGCCUUUAUCUUUUCGAAAAAAAAGACUAAUGGAGGUUCCAUCCCAAGUUACAAAAACUGCAAAACAGGUAACACAUUGUUUUAUUUGUAUAUCAUAGAAACAAACGUUUAAGCGCGGACCAAACUGAACUCACAAACUGUACUGACAAACUACGAUAUUCAAAUACGCUAGAAAAAUCUGAAAAGAGGCACGAAAACUAACAGAAAGAGAUAAACACCUAAAUUAACGCAAAAAAACUAAACAAAUGAACGAAAGGAAGUAUAAAAUAAAGGAAAAAUACACUUGGAUCUAACAUAUUUGUUUAUCAUUAUUUGUACAGUCUAAAGAGGCUUAACUGUACGCAAAUAUAGCAACCAUACAUUACUUACUGCUCUCUUUUUGGAAGCAGUGUUUCCCUUGUUUUAAACAGGACAGUAAAAUGAAUCUUCAAAUGGGCUGAAUUUUCAAGAAUUUCAAGCAAUUUUAGAAAAUUAUGAUAAGUACCACUGGUGGUAGAUUUUACCAGCUACUGCCUGAAAAGGAGAACACUGAGGAAGUUGAAUUGGAAAUGUUUAGCCUCUUCUCCUCUUCUCCAGACUUGCUCUUAGUGAUGACAGAAUCAUACAUCAACUUGUCCUAGCAUCCACCAUUGUAAUGAGGAUAAGAUUGAACCACCCAUAGGCUGAUAAAUAGCAAGUCUGCAUUACGCAAGAAACAUAUUUUGAAAGAUUGAUCUUGUAGAUCACUAAUAUGGCAUUUUUUGUCCUCUAUUUCAUGCUAAUUGCUCUUGUGGAUAACUCUUAUAUGGAUUCAAUCUUCAAUAGGUAAGAACAGUGACUCUGUUUAUGUGUUUGCUGUGAUUUAACCAUUUUGUACUCUGCCGUUAGUAUGCAUAUCCUCCGUACUACUCUCUAUAAAUUUCUUAAGACACUAAAAGGGAGAAUAAUUUGUUUGACAAUCUGGUGUUUCUUUAGUUGGGGAUCAAUUCCUUCAUUCUUGUGACCCUGAAUGUUUUGUUAGGAGAAAAUAAAUUUUAGUCACCCAAGGGUUCAAAUGAUUGAUGUGACUUGAUGGGAGAUAACUAUUGGUAAACUAGCAGAUUUGAUGUGGUGUGGCAUGAUGAUGCAGCAUGUUGUGAGGUGAUGUGACAGGGUUAGAGGUUUUCGUUAACAAAGAUUGUUUUCCUUUUCACUUUCAGCAAAAGUGCCAAGAAGAGCAGCAGAAGAUAAUUCAGGUGUAUUUACGCUCAUCUAAAAAAGAACACAAACAGAUGCUGGAAAGAAAGGCUGUGAUUGAGGCUCGCAAAGAAUAUCUGGAGUCACUCCAUGUUAAAAGAGUAAGUCCAUUGUUUUUUUUUUUUUUUUUUUUUUCUCUUGUUUUCUGAGUUUGUUUGAGACUUUCCUCAUUACAUUCAUCUUAGAUGCAAAUUCAAGUGUUAUACACUUUAUGUUCAAUUCUCAAAGGAAACAUUCCUGUUUCCCAUAAGAUGGUUAAUGGUUUUUGUAACAAAUUUGAGGUAAACAUUUGCAAUAGGUUCAAGAGCUACAUGUAACAGAUUAAACUGUCAUCAAAAGAAACAGGCAAGAACUUUGUUAUAUUUUUUUGAUGAUUGCAAGACAAAUGAACAGAUAAUUGUGUACAAAAAAAAAAAGUAAAAGACAAUGCAUUGACUUGAAGGCAUGUUAACAAUUGUCCAUGGUUUUUUCACUCUCUAUAUAGUGCAGACUCUCAUUAUUAGCACAGCAAGACCAGGUGGGGAGAGUUUGGAUGGGAAUGUGACAUUAUGCUUGUUAGCACUGGCUAACUUGCAUUGCUCAAGGCCUUAUACUUUAAUGUGGGCUGAGAAACGUUUGUGUCAAUGAGGGCCAGGGUGCAGGCUACUCUGUGUACUGUUUUGCUCAUUGAAUGUUUGCUCUGCAGUACAUCCAAACAUGUGCAAUGCUGAGUAUAAUGUAUGCUGACUUGAGUGGUCUUUUUUGGUGUGUGUAUUAGGAGCGAGAAGAACAGAAGUUGCUGAGGUUACAGCAGAAGGAGAAUCUGGAAGCUGAACAGAAGCGACUCAAUGAAGAGAGACAGAAACGAGAGGUGCUCCGAAGAAAGCAAGAACUUCAGGAGAUUGAGAAGAAGCAAGCUAUGGACAAGAUUGCUGCUCUCAAGAAAACAACUGUGGGGGCAAAGGCUCUGAAAGACUUGACAGAGGAGGUGAUGCGUUUUUCUUUUUUUAUUAUUGAUGUGAUGCCCUUUCUCUGACAUGGUGAUUGGUAAAAGUAAACAGUUAGCCUGAGGCAAUUCCUGGAAGCAGUUUCCAUGAGGAAAAAAGACAAUAAUCUGGGAGAAUAUUUUGAUUUUUUUUCUUUUAUUACGGUCACUUUGGAAAAAAAAAGCAACACAAUCCAAUCAAUCAAUUCCUUUCUUACAACAAUACAACAUGCCCUUCCUACCCUACACACAACCCUCUAGGGUUUUGUUGAAACACUGUUUCCCCUCCCAUCGUUCGUCGCCAUCGCUUUCAGGGGUAAGGGAAUGUUUCGAACGUUACAAAAUAUGUUGUAGACUAAGAAACUUAACUUAACUUUUGAAUUUCUUCAGACAAUUUAAGUUUCUUUCAAGUGAAUUUAAGCACUGCCUUACAAUGUAUCUCAAUUCUUGCUGUGAGAAAUGAUGACAGAAUCAAACAUCAACUUGUCCUAGCAUCCACCAAUGUUAUGAGGAUAAGAUUGAACCACCCAUAGGCUGAUUAACAGCAAGUCUGUGUGACGUUCAGAACAUUAUUUUUCGCCCAGCCAAUCUUUACAGUGACUAAUCGUUCUGUUCUGUUCUGUUCUGUUUCCUCUUUCGUGGCCAUUUCUUUUGAUGGAUAAACUUGGACAUCCAAAUUAACAGGUAAGAACAGAAAAGAAGAAUUUCAAAAGUUUCACUAUUGCUUUUCUUAUUCAAAUGACUUAUCAAAUAGUAGACGAUUGCAGUUUCUGAAAGCUCGAGAUAAAGUAUGUAAAUGAAUUAACGAAGGUUAGGAUUAUAGCCUGUGAGCAACCCCUCAUUAGCAGAGUUGGGUGCUCAGUGUUUCCCCAUCUACAGAAGAUUUGAGAUGAGUAGGGGAGAGGUGUGCUGUGGGUCUGACAUGGUCAGUGCUGCACCAUCUACAGAUCUCGCUGGCUAUAGCUUUGCUCAAAGCCUCAAACUUUUUCGCGAGCUAAGAAACACCCCUAUUGAGGUGCUAAAAUUGUGGGCGUUCUUGCCGGCUAUUAGGAUUACUGUCCCUCUACUUUUACAGACAAACACGUAAAUCGUAAGGUAGAUGAGUUGUCAACCUAGGUGAGCCGUAGUUUCAGAAUAUAGGAAGAGUGUCAAGAAGCUACCCCCAUUCACUAAGUUUUGUUCUCUAUCCCUUUUUCUAUGGGUAAUUUUUCCGUAUGACUCAAAUUGGUUGCUUGGUGAUCAAACGUGAAGUUAGGUUGGGUUCAAACUUUUGUUGCUUUCUUGUUAAACAGGAAAUUGAAGCCAUGGAUGCAGAUGAUAUCCUGGCCAGACAAGUUGAACAGCUGGAUAAAGAGAAGAGAGAGUUGCAGACAAGGCUUAAAACUCAGGAGAAGAAGGUGAAUACACUUGUUGCACCCUUGAAAAGCAUUAAACAAAACAGUCAUAUCAGAGUUUUCAUGUCUGACCAACAUGUUUUACCAAUCCGUUGGAGAAGCAACGGCUUCUGAACGUUUGUUAGCCGAGAAUUAAUCUAACUGUUGAAGUUCUUAACCAUGAUUAGAGUGAGCCUUGUUAACAACUACCGUAAACGUCCAUGUAUAAGCUGCAUCCGUAGAUAAGCCGCACCCCCGAUUUGGAAGCGCAGAAUUUGGAAAAAAAAUAAAAACAAUACAGUUUGAAGUUUCAGUAGAGUUUUAUUGCUACAAACAAUCAAGGUUUCGAAACACCGACAUAGAAGUUGUGGCUAUCUUUCACAUUUAUCAAGUCUAAAGAAAGCGAAAUUUCAUUUGUUGUACUUUCUUUUUCAUUGGAAUUUACACCAUUUUUCAAGAUUAUCACUUCGAAACACGCCAUAAAGUUGAAAUUCCUUCGGCAUUGAAAAAAAAAAACAAAAAGCAAAUAAGUGUCUAGUAGCCAAGCUUUAAAUGUUGGGAGGAGUCUGGGCUAUGGCCUAGCCAUCGUCUGGGCAUAAACAGAAAGCACGCGCACUGAUGCAAUCAUUUCAGUUUCUAUUUCAAAUCACGAUUGGAUAGAUCUGAUUUGGGAACUGGGUCGAGUAAACUAUGAAAAGCAUUAUUGUUUGCAUCAUCGCAGUUCCAACAUGGAGAAAUUUACUUUCGAUUUAGCUGUUCAGGGAAGAUUUUCCAAAGAUGUUUGGAAACCCGCAAUAGGCGAAAAACUUCAUGUAGAACAGGAUCCUGACAAUGCAGUCGACGAAUUUGCCAUGAAGGUAGUAAAAAAACAACGAGAGAUUCCCUGUAUGUUGGCAGUGCUUUCAGUAAGGUUUGAAGUAGGUGGCUACCUCGGUAAAGCACUCGGUGGAGGAUAAUAUGAAAAACAAUAUCGAUCUCGUUAGCCCAUUAGUUCCAUCAGAGUAAAAUUGCUUCAAACAGAGUUUUCUGUGGCGGACUUUGGUAAAUGAUCGUUAAAUAUUGGUCUCCUUUGUAACAAUUGUUAAACUGAUUGUUUAUUUUUAUCAAAAUCUUCCAUUUGCAGACUUGCAAACCUGCUGCCUGAGUUUCACAUUUAAUGUUUACAAAAGAUAAUUAAAUUAAAUCAAUCCGCCAAUGAAUUUUAGCUGUGCCCACGGCUCGUGUUUUAUAUCGGAUCGUAAACAAUGGUCGUGUCAGCGUAGAACAAGGUCUUCUUCAAUUUUUCAGCAAAUGCAGCUUUUUUUUUAAAUAAAAGUUUAAACGCUAAGUGUUUUAUAGCCUUUUAUAGUUCUCUUCACAGCCAAGCCUAGCUAGGUUAAGCGUCUUUAAGCAAGGUCAACAUCUUUCAAAUUUGAUUUACAUGUGCUAUUAACAACCGAGCUGUUUUCACUAAUUUUUAUUUUCAAGUUUGUUUUCUAACUAGCAGUUGAGAAGUGCUGCUGUUGUUUUAUUUGUCUAAAAGUAUUUAAUGAUUUUAGUUCAGCACAAAUUUGUUGGAAAGUUAUUUAGGUAACCGACGAUGUGUACUUCUCCUUGGAGCGUGAUUAACUUUUAUGGAACGUGCGAAACAAGCAAAGAAAGAAAACUACCAGUGAAAGAAUGAAUCUAAAAAAAAAAUACGACAGAAUUAAAAAAAUAACUGGGGUGAUUACUCCAGUACUAAAUUGACUGUUAUUUUCUAUGUUAUUUAUUUACCUUUUUGUUCUGUAAGUUUGACUUGGACGUGGCAAAGGAAACACGGCGAUCCACGUCAGAGUACCCGCCGGAGCUCCCGCGGGCGCCGGGUGUUAUUGAAAGCACUGUGUUGGUGUUUAGUUGUUCGAGUAAUGCGAAAAUUAAUCGCUUGAAAGAACUCUUGGAGAGCAAGAUUCGCCGAUAAACACUCGAAGACACAAACGGCUCUUUUAGGAGCCGCCACUCAAUGAAAAAGUCAAUGAACUACAGCAACACGCUCUCAGUUUCUUUUAUGUUUAUUUCUUGGCAUCUUAAGAAGUUUUAUGAAUAUUAAUUAGGUUUUUGAGAACUCCAAACACAGAUGUAUCCAUGGAUAAGCCACACCUUGAAUUUUGGCUUCAAUUUUGUGAAAAUAAGUGCGGCUUGUACAUGGACGUUUACGGUAGUUGAAAGCGAUAACGUUUACGUACUUUCUCCAGGACCAUGCCAGUGGAUUUUCCUGUUAGACAAGCACCUUUUCUCGUUCUCUUGCCCAGUCUUCAAAGCCCCAAACAACCCACUUUUCAAAUUAAUCCUAAAGGAAAAGCUGGAGUCCAUAUCCUUUCUAGUCGUGUUAAGCAUAAAUUAAAAUGUUGGUCAACUCGGAAAAAUUUUAGAUUUCUUUUAUAGUCACGCGUCAUGGGUAGCUGUUGCUUUUUAACGAGAUUAGUGUUUUCCCUUGGUUUAGAUGGAUUACCUCGCACGAGCGAUGCGAAUGGAGGAGAUUCCUUUACUGAAGCAACAGUACGAGGAACACCUCGUGCAGGACCAAAAGUUCUGGGAAGAACAGGAAGAAGACAGGGUGAGUGGACAUUAAAUUGUGAUCAAAUGUACAGUUGAACCUUGACAAGGCUAGAAAGGGAGGCAUCAAGCUCUCCAUAACGAGGCAUACGAUUUCUGCUGCAGUUCACACGUAUUUGUAUCUGUUGCCUUCAUUGAAAGGAGACCUUUAUUCACGGUUAGCGGUCUCACGACUAGCGUGCCUCGCUUCAUACUGGUCACGUGACACAUUUCAACUAAUGAUGAAUGAUCACGAAUAAUCCAUUACUUAACUUUGACGUUCUUCUUUGUUCGGCUCGAAUUCCAGAUCAGUGUAGCAGUGUCGGAGCAUAAGAAGCUAGUAGAAACCAGUGGAAGGCUGCAGCGAAUGGUGCCAGACAAGGAGACUUUUGUUGACAGCCUACUUAAAGCUCGUCAGGCGUCUCACGAGGUGAAUGCAAUGCUUCUGUUUUAGAGCUUUCAUCGUCGCUAACAUAAUUAGUUGUAACUCACGAAGUUGUCCUUAACGAGGAGCGCUUUUCGAUUGAAGGUGGGGAAAGUUAAAUAAUGGUAUAAAACCCUUCAUUUCUGAACAUCAGUAUUCAUAUUUUUCACGCUGAUCUCUCUACAUGGUUAAUGGUAAUGACAUGGAGAGUUAGUAUUACAUUCAGGCGGCUCUUAAAAUUGGGCAUCUUGUCCUUCCUUCUCGUGACCUUAGGCUUUGCAUUUAAUUCAAGGGUUAUAUUGUAAGGAUAACUUAGAAGUCAGUCACUCUUAGGAGUUGAAGGGUUUACCAAUUUAAAUAUCACACCAAGGAACUCGCGAAAAGUUAAAGUUGUUGGUAAGAGUAAACUGCGUUAGAAAUCAGAGGUAACUUAGGUGAGGCUGGGCAAAGGGUUGCAUCUGACUGGAUGAGAAGGUUAAUGAGUUUGUCCUUGGAAUUGAUGAAACUUCGGAAGUUUACUUGCUUGUGAAGUGAAAGACGCCUAUGCGGGUGCUGAUGCAAACUAUCGUUCAAUAUGAUAUUUAGUAAUUGUUAUUUACAGCCUUCAAUUGGAAAAAGUAUCUUCUGUGGUGAGCCUGUUAUGCACAUUGUAUGAAUACUUUAAUUUUUAUUUCUUUUUGACAGGAAAAAAUGAAAGAGUUUCAAGCUCGUUUGGACGAGGCUCGUAAGAAACGUUUGGAGGAGCGACGGAAAGAGCGCAUUUUGGAGAGGAAAAAGCAGCGACGACAUGAAAGGGAAGAGAAAGAACGAAAGGAACAGGAAGAAAAAGAAAAGAGAGGUGAAACUUUUUACGUUUGUCAAUGUCACUUUGUCGCAAUGCUUCAAAUUCUAAUUCGACCCAGAAAAUUUGAACUAUAAGCUGUGCACAUCUAUCCGGGUUAAGUAGUUUUAUCUUUUCAAAGAGAAAUUAUUCUUGUAAGAGGACAAUUUUUAAAAUUUUCUCAUGUCCUAAUUUUCCUUACCUUCCUCUACUGUUACUUGAUCAAAGUAAAAAGUGCAUACUUGUGGACCAGUCGCUGUUUAUCGCCUGUUAGUGGGUGGGUGGGGGGGGGGGAGGGGGGAGGGGGGAAUCGAAGGAUGUGGGGAAUCAUAUGGUUUUUUAGGGAGAACGGAGGAGUCGUCUCUAACAGCAUUUGUGGGGACUGGAUAAAAUUGAGGGAAGGGAAAAUAUGUAAAUUUUAAUGUGACACAAUCAAAAUUCUCUGUCUCCCCCCCCCAACACCUCUUUGCCUCAGGCAGUAAAUAAUGACCGAUUUCUAAGUUUUUUUUCUCCGUGUCUGAAGAGUCAAAGGAGAGGAGAGUAUGUCGUUUUCCUCUUUUCUCUGCCAUAGAACGCGAAGAAGCCGAAGAGAAGGCCAGGAUAGAAAAGGAAGAGAAAGAACGUGAGUACCGCGAGAGGGUCGCAAAGCUGGACGAGAUGGAGCGCAAGCGGCGAGAGAGGGAGAAGGAAAUUGAGGAAAAGAACCAGCGAGGGAGCAGGCCUGACAGUGAACGGGAUGGUCCACCAAGGGGAUUGGAACGGGACAGAGACAGGGACCGAUAUGGACCUCCUCGCCGGGAAGAGAAAGGUUCGAGUUAUUUCUUAUGAAUUGUUUGUUGGUUGGUUGGUUUGUGUUUCCUUCGGUUGUAAGACCUUACCCAGUGUUAUGAACGGAACUGUGAGAAAAGAUCCUGAAUGAGCUUGCAUUUAAGUGAUGGAAAAAACAAGCGUUUUUUGUUGGAGAAAAAAGUAAGUGGCUGAUAAAAAUAAACCAUACCUGUUUCCUCGCAAAUUCUUUUAAAGUCUUUCGUAGCCCACAUCUCAAGCCCCUCCCCCCUCCAAUUCUUCUGUCUUCUGAUGAAAACUUCUCGCUAUUUAAGCUCUUUCAGCAUUCUUUUAAAGGAUAAUCUGUAAAAGUUCCUCUCGUCAUUUCGACUUAUUCAUAACGCUCCGUUACAAUGAUUCGGAAAGACAAGUUUACAGUUUUUUCUUCUAUUUUGGAUAAUCCACGCACACAGGUUUAAGUCGCAGAAAUUUAACCUUUUGAGCAAUAAGUACUUUUUCCCUUUGAUGCCAAUACAUUCUCAAGCAAUCAGGGGAAUAUAAUAAAGAAAAAUAUUUACCAAGGGUUUUGUUUGGACGGCAAAUUCUCUUAAUUAACAUUGUAAUAGUCGUACGCUAGAUCGUAAGGAGAAUUAAUUUCAAGAUUGGGAGCCCAAAAGGAAUGUUCCAAGUUGGUUUUCAAAAGGCCCACAGCAAACCUUUCGGGUGGCCAGACAGCGUUUAUGUCGGAGUGUAAUACUUGCACUUAUUAUGUUGCCCUUCUUCACAGACGAAGGUGGAUCAUGGAGGCGCGAUGAACGGGAGAGGCCACCACCUGAUGUUGAGAGGCGCCGUGAGGAACGAGAACUGCUACCCUCAAGCCGUGACCAGGAGGAGCGCGAACAGGACCGUGAAUCUACAGGUGGAUGGGGUCGUGGUGAUGGCCGUGAUGAUCGUUUCCGCGACGACCGUUCCCGUGACGAUCGUUAUCGCGAUGAUCGCAUGCGCGACGACCGUUUCCGUGAUGGGGGUUCAGGUAAUUUGAAACCAUAAUUUUGAGAUGUAUAGCCCGGUGUUUUAAGGGUUCGGGUUUUUUUUUUGUUGUUGUUAAGGAUGAAGGCAAACUGUUGUUAUGGUGACUGUAGCUUCCCCUAAUGAAAUUCAGGUCUGAGGUAUUCAGGGGCUCCUAAUUUGUCCAGACGGCCCUUGGAUAGAAUACUACUCUUAAAGCAGGAAAUGCCCAGCCGUAAAACCUUGUUUCAGGUACCCGUUCAUCAAGAAGGGAGGGGUGAGGCGGGGGAACGCUUUAAGACGACCGCAAAAAGAGCGCACAGGAUUACUGUGGAAUGGCGUCGUCAAACUGCUCGAGAAUUCAUCGAUCCCAGCGGUAAAGAAGUUGCCCGCUGACCUAAUUAGUGAAUAUGUCAUAGGACAAAAUUUAACGAUGUUAAAGCAGCAAUGAUUCGUUUUAGGUGGAGGCUGGAGACGAGAUGAUCGUGACAGGGAAGGGCCUCGUGAUGAGGGGUCAACUUGGAGGAGGUCUGGGGAAAGAGAUGGUCCGAGAAGAGGUUAGAGAUCAUCAUAGACUUGAGUGCGAGUGGCCUUUUCAGAACUUGUAGCUCCCUACACGUAGAGUUGAUGCACUGUUACUUUCUGAAUCCAGAGGAGAGUUAGAAAUACUCUCCUUCAAUGAAACUGAUAUUUUAAUUUUCUCUUAUUUAGAUAUGGACCGCCCUAGAAUGGACGAUCGUGGUCCUUGGAGGAGAGAUGACCGUGAUCGUCCAUCCUCAGGUAGCGGGUGGCGAGACCGUGAUGACCGUGACCGUCCACCACCCAGUUCAUAUCGUGACGAUCGCGGUCGAGAUGAUCGUGGGCGUGACGACCGAUGGCGUGACGACCGUGGGCGCGAUGACCGUGGACGGGACGACCGUGGACGGGACGACCGUGGGCGGGACGACCGUGGGCGGGACGACCGUGGGCGGGACGACCGUGGGCGGGACGACCGUGGGCGGGACGACCGUGGGCGGGACGACCGUGGGCGGGACGACCGUGGGCGGGACGACCGUGGACGGGACGACCGUGGGCGGGACGACCGUGGGCGGGACGAUCGAUGGCGUGAUGAACGCGGUCGUGAUGAUCGUGGACGCGAUGAUCGUGGGAGGGACGAUCGUGGUCGUGAUGAUCGUGGUCGUGAUGAUCGUGGACGCGAUGAUCGUUGGCGUGGGCGUGAUCGAGAAGAGCGUGACCGUCCGUCGGGAGAUUCUUGGCGCGGUGACCGUGAUCGUGGAGAUGGGGGUCGAGAUGAUCGUUUCCGAGGAGACCGUGAAGGAGAUCGCUACAGAGGAGAUCGUGAUGAACGUGAUCGUUCUGGUUGGAGGAACGAACGCCCAGAUGAUCGUGACCGUGAUCGUGACCGUGAUCGUGAUGCGUGGAGAAGGGGAGGGGAAGAUCCAGGCCGUGAUCAGUGGAGACGAGAUCCACCACCUGCACGUUCUGAAGGUUUGUUAGGAGUGUUAGACAAAGGAUUGGAAGCAAUUUUUUUCUGACUUUUGAUAUGCUUUUUCUCAGGUAAAUCCUGGUCUGCCUCCCGUCGCGGUCGAGAAAGACCCCCUGCGGAGCAAUCUGAUGGUGACGGUUGGACCACAGUACAGUACAAGUGAUCAACUCAUACUAAUACACUACCCUGGCAAGGAGUUAAUAAAGCCACUCAAUGCUUCAUUGGUUUGGCGCUUAACCGGAUGUAUUCAUAGCUGACCCAUUAUGUCAGUCAUAUUUGGAGUGUGAAUGUUUACAAAAAUGAUCGCGGUUGUUACAUCUAUUUCGCUGGUUUUCAGUCAUAACUUUGGUCUUCCCGUUGUUGUGGGACUGCGUUUAGUUUGUCUUAUUCGGUACUGGCCUUGUCUUUCGAUGAAAACCUAUACUUAAGCUUCGAGGAAUUCGGUGAUAGCAGAGAAAAUUGUUGAUUACGAUCUGUCUGUCCAAUGAUAUCAUGAGACAUCUUUUUUUCGUUUGUUUUUCGUUUUUCGUUCAAUUCAAUUCAAUUCAAACUUCAGCCAGGGUAGAUGAUAGGAAACGAAUUGUGUUCACAUUAAACGAUACGUGUAAACAGUUAGUGUGUCUGGAGUUUUUUCUGUCUCGCAAGUCUAGCCUGAAACUCGCUGACGACGCAAACGCAGUCACACAUGUAUUCACAUCAAACAAAGGGGAAAAAGAUGACGUUUAAAGCAUUUCAUGUGAGUUGCAAUAGCUUAAUUUCUUUUUAGAGAGGAAAUUACUAGCCACAGCAUAAGGAAAGAUGACCUCAUCAGGGGAUAAUUUUCCCAUCAUGAUCUUUCAUGGUGCUAGCUUCUUAUUCCGAGGCUCUGAACCUGCCGUUGUCAUCGUUAUAUCAUGAGAUACCGGUCGAAGUGAUAGUCUGAUUUCGGUAGAACAGAUAAAUGGCCUUUCUAUAGUAGUGACGUUCAGAGUAUUUUCCUGGAGGGACUUGGAGUUGAGUAAUUGAAUUUCACGUAUGGCUACAAACUGUGCUACUUUGUGGUCGAGAGCGAUGACUUCACUUAAGCACGACAACAACGGUGACGUUCGCUUGUAGUUAAUGAUCAACUAAUUUCAGGAUCUUGGUAUCCGCUUGUCCCUUUAUCGCAAUAAAUGUU